CCAAUGGCCUCUAAUUUUCUUUUCUUAGGAAUCUUGGCUAUAACUUUGUCUGUUGCUUUGGCAUCUGAUCAUAGUCCCCUUCAGGAUUUCUGUGUCGCGGAUCCAAAUAGCCCACUGCUAGUGAAUGGUAUGGUUUGCAAGGACCCCAAGCUUGUACAAGCCAACGAUUUCUCCUCCAGCGGGCUUCACAUGGCAGGCAACACGUCGAAUGCAGUUGGAUCAAAGGUGACUCCAGUAAAUGUAGCUCAGAUAGCAGGACUCAAUACUCUUGGCAUCUCUCUUGUCCGUAUUGACUUUGCACCAUGGGGCAUCAACCCUCCCCACACACAUCCUCGUGCCAGUGAAAUUUUGACAGUUCUUGAAGGCAGCCUUCAUGUGGGGUUUGUCACCUCCAACCCCGAAAACCGUCUCAUCAGUAAGGUACUCAACAAGGGUGAUGUGUUUGUGUUCCCUCAGGGUCUUGUCCACUUCCAGAAGAAUGUUGGAUAUGGUAAUGCAGUUGCCAUUGCAGCUCUCAGCAGCCAAAAUCCUGGAGUUAUUACGAUCGCCAAUGCUGUCUUUGGAUCGAAGCCCGACAUUUCAAGUGAUAUUCUAGCAAAGGCUUUCCAACUAGACAAGAACAUAGUGUAUCAGAUGCAGUCGCGGUUCUAG